CGUCGCGAAGCGGAAGCAAUGUUGAAGGAGGAGGUUAUCUCAUCCACAAGCAGCGAAGACGGCGAGGACGACAGCUUGACAGCGAAGUACCUCACUCCUAAGAAGGACGCGACGAGCACAAUGCCGAAGCUGGACUUCGAGCUGCCCUCGUCUACGACUAUGAUGUUUGGUGAUUUGGCAAGCGAGAUGGACCGUGUCUUCGAGAAGCCCAAGCCGAAGUACCUCGUCCGACAAAACUCCAGCGUCAUUCAUGCCAGCAGCAGUGUUCGUGUACCAAGGCAGCAGGCUCACAGGAAGAACGACUCUAUCAUGGUUGAGCCAUGGCAAGGGUCCACUCCCCAGAAAGCUCAGGCCUCAGCAGCGUCGCAGAAGGUUUCUCAGACGACUGCGAGUCGUGCGGUUGCAAAAACAUCUGCUGUCCAAUCGCUCCUGAAGCCCGAAGAUGCUGUUCGACCGAAAGAAGUCGCGCCUCCCACGCCGGUUAAGGAUGCUGCUCCAAAGCAAGUCCGUCGCGGCAAGUUGUUGUUCAAGAUCCUGGAGAUCAAAGACGUCGAACUGCCCAUGGGCGGUACUAUCGAGCGUCCUCAGUUUGCAUGUACUGUCGACAAUGGAAAACACCAAGUCACGACCCCUUGGCAUGUG